UGAUGAUACGAGGAAAUGUGUGUAUAUCAAACAAUGAAAUUUUUUAUUUCAAACAAUCAUUCAUUUGGUUCAGAUUCAAAAUAUCGAGUUCCUAACUGAUCUGAGAGCUUGGUGCACAUAUCCUGUUUAUUUUUAUUGAUUUCUACCCAAUGUUACCCGCCAAGUAUGACAAAAAUAACUGGAAAAUGGGAAAAUCGAAAUGAAAUUAAAAGAUAACAGCAUAACCUUACAUUUUUCAUCUAUCAAUGUCAUCUGAUCCUGAUCUGCCAUGAAACGUCAUAUAUGGUUGUCAGGCUAUGGUUCACUGCGCCUCUGUGCUUGACGGCCAAGGAUGCUAGAGUCCCGGAUAACAAUCCUCAACAAAAUGGUCAUCGUACUACCCUAGAGUGUUUUUUUCGGCAAAAGCAUAAUAGAACUGGAUAAUUCCAGGAUAUCGGUAUUCCAAUUGCUUGAGUAGGCCGGUGGGUUCAAUCCAAGGAUGCGACCAUUACAAACAUUACCGUUAAUGUUAGUGGAUUUCCAUAUUCUUGAUUGUGCUGCCCCGCAUGUGCUGUUGUUUUGUGUCUUGUUCGUUGUUCUGUGAUUUGUGACAUUUGUGAUCCUUGCACUGUGCUUUGCGCCGGCAAUUUUUUACCCUCUGAAUAGUGGGAUUGUUGAAGUUUUUAAAAUUUGCAAAAAUGUAUACUCUUCGUCGUAUCGCUAAAGUUGCCGUCAGGAGUGCAAAACAGAAACACACUCUUCCAGAUCUUCCAUACGAUUAUGCAGCUCUAGAGCCGAUAAUAUCCAGAGAUAUCAUGAAUUUGCAUCACAGUAAACAUCACCAGACAUAUGUUACAAAUUUGAAUGCUGCUGAAGAAAAAAUCAAACUGGCUACUGAAAAAGGGGAUGUUAGCACUGCAAUCUCACUAAUGCCAGCUCUAAAAUUCAAUGGUGGCGGGCACCUAAAUCAUUCCAUCUUCUGGCAGAAUUUAUCCCCCAGUAGAACAGAACCCAGUGAAGGACUCUGCAAAGCUAUACAAGCUUCUUUUGGCAGCAUGGAUAAUAUGAAAAAGCAGUUGUCUGCUCAGACAGUUGCAAUCCAAGGAUCUGGUUGGGGUUGGCUUGGAUAUGAUAAAUCUUCAGGUACAAAACACAAAAAAAUGCUCUGUAUAAUGCAAAAAUAUGAUCUUAAAAUGAUAUUGGACUAACAUAAAAGAACUUGAUAUAUGUAGGAAAACUAGCUUAAACUGUGUUUUUUAGGGGUAAUCAAAAUCAUUACCUGUGCAAACCAAGAUCCUCUUCAAGCAACCACAGGUCUAGUUCCAAUCCUUGGUAUUGAUGUUUGGGAGCAUGCAUACUAUUUGCAAUACAAAAACAUGAGAGCAGAUUAUGUUAAUGCUAUUUUUGAUAUUAUCAACUGGAAGGAUGUGUCUGAGCGGUUUGGCAAAGCUUCAUGUUAAUUUUUUUGUAAUUUGUACUCUCUUGAACUGCAUUUUGCUUUGAAAAUGGUACUCAUUUGUAUUAUUAGAUAUUUUGUAAAUAUAUAUUGCAUUAUCAGCUGUUUGGUUUUUUAUAAGAAUUUUUUAGUUAUUAAAAAAAUUAUUGUGGCCUAUGAUUUCUAUAAAUUUGAUCAACCCCCAUCUAUCUGAUAAAGGAUAUCUAAAACAAAGGUAUAGGAAGCACAGUGUUACAGAAACAGACAUGUACAAAGUCCAUAAGGAAGUUGUGAGUUGCAAGUAAUCUUAAACAUAGGCAUGACUCAAGCGGCAGUCCAGAGUCCAGGUUGAAAUAGCAUAAGAGGAUUUUUACAUGUAGAUUUUGGUAUAAUUAAUACAUCCUUUAGACCUAUUUCACACAUCAUAUAUUGCAAAUGCUUUUAAAGCUUAGAACGAUAGAAGCAUGUUUUUGGCAAGCAUCCCUUCGUUCUGGCUGGCGU